AUGAAGAAGUAUACCAAAGUUGGCAAUCUCGACGAGAAACAAAUCGCCAUCGUAAACAAGAAGCUGAACCCAAGUCUUCUUCCCACGGUCGUUAAACCAUGGCCACACGUUAUGCGACAGGUUUCUCGUGUCUCCGCAAGAUUAUUCCAUAGCGCUGAAUCGGCGGAUAACGAUCAAUGGCUGGACAUUGCUAGCGAGCAUGUUCACUCUGCUGUCGUAUGGACGGAGAAUCUUAAGAAAUGGCCAGCAGCGCUGCGACCUCUUGUCUAUCGAUUUGUCAAGGGACGCGGAAUCAUGAUGCAGCGAUUUGGCGAGGGUAAAGCUCUGGUAGCCAAAACCUUGCAAAGAAGAAAGCUACUUGGAGGGAAGCCCCUGAGCAGUCCUCCCGCACUAUUGGACUAUCUCGCCGACACUGUUCUUGGCUCGGAUGACGUGGAGGCGCACACGGUUGCUCAAAUCAACUUGUGCGUCGCCGCUAUUCAGUCUAUGGCUGCAACCGUCACCCAGUGUCUCAUGGAUCUUGCAACUUACCCGGAAUACAUUUCCGAACUUCGUGAUGAGAUUGAAAUGGUCCUGGCUCGAGGCAACGGGGUGCUCAGUAAGCAAUCAUUGACUGAUAUGAUGAAGCUGGAUAGUGUCAUCAAAGAAACUCAGCGACUGAACCCGCCCGAUCUGGGUACGUAUAACUCCAAGAUGACAGUCCAGCACUGA